AUGGGAUUCAACCUCGCUGUAGUCAUAGGCGCCGUUGCGGCCACCUACGUCUUUCUGGUCACCCUUCUCCGACUCACCCAGGAUGCAAAGGAGCCGCCGUCAAUAAGUGAUGCUGUGCCCUUUGUCACACCGAUGGUCAACCUGGCUUCCAAAGGUGGAAGCUUCUACCAUUUGAUGAGGGACAAAUACAACCUGCCAAUAUACACGUUGCGGAUGCCGGGCUCGCGGCUUUACAUCGUCAACUCCCCCUCGCUACUAACGCCGAUCCAGAAUCAAUUUAGAAAGCUAUCCUUCACCGCCCUAGAGGCGAUCGUAGCUGUCAAUGUCUUUGGUGUGAGCAAAGACACCAAUGCAAUAAUAGGGGGCGACGUGACGAAUGAUACGGGCUAUCUAAUGAAUUUCCCCAAGUAUAUUCAUUCCGCUCUGAGUGCCGGACCUGGUCUGGACGCCCUCAACACAAGGUCAAUCGAAGUUAUCACUCAGUCUUUGGAUACCUGGGUCAGAAGUGGAUCGACAACCGUCAAAAUGUUCGAAUGGGUUCGUCACGAGCUACUCUUAGCUUCCACCGAAGGUGUGUAUGGACCCGGGAACCCCUUUCGCGACCCUGCUAUGGAGAAGGCUUGGUACACAUUUGAGCCACAUAUUAUGAUGUUUGUUUUAAACAUAUAUCCUCGCAUCUUCGCCAGGAAGAGUUUCAAAGCACGCGAAUAUAUGGUGAAAGUCUGGGAGCGCUAUUUCGACGAGGGCUUAUAUAAGAAAGGCUCUGAGCUAGUCAAGGCUCGUGUCAAGAUUAACGAAGACUUUGGAAUCUCCCUUGAAGACACUGCACGAAUUGAAAUCGGUGGUAGUCAGGCUAUCCUCGCAAACACACUGCCGGCAACGUUUUGGGUUAUCUACCACGUAUUUUCCGACCCGGUAGUCCUUCAAGACAUCAGAUAUGAGCUGCUUCAAGGCGUGUGCGAAGAUAAGGACGGUAACUAUAUGAUUGAUUUGACCCAUGUCAAAUCGUCUUGCCCGCUCCUGUUGUCCACGUUUAAGGAAGUGAUGCGUAUCCACUCCACCAGCACGGCCACUCGAAUAGCCAUGGAGGAUCAUCGGCUUGACGGCAAGUAUCUCCUCAAGAAGGGAAGCACUAUCAUGAUGCCGUCAAAGGUACAACAUACCAACCGUGCCGUUUGGGGCCAUACGGUGGAUGAGUUUAAUCACAAGCGUUUCAUGCGCGAGCCAGGUGUCAAGCGUGUCAAUCCAGUGGCUUUCCGCGGAUUUGGUGGGGGUACGACGCUGUGCCCUGGGCGGCAUUUUGCAUCCACUGAGAUUUUGAUGUUCACAGCUCUAGUCGUUCUGCGGCUCGAUCUCCACCCGGUGGACGGCAAAUGGGCCCAGCCCUCGACGGCCAAGUCGCCAAUGGUGAAUGCUAUGCCGAUUCCGGACUUAGAUAUCACUGUUGAGCUUCGACCUAGGAACUCGAGAAAUUGGAAGGUAUCCUUUUCCGGCUAUGCUAAGGACAUGGAGAUAUCAGCAGAAGACAUCGGAGGGAUCACCCAUGUUCCAGAGCAUUGA